CGGGGGCACAAAGCGGGGGAUUGUGUGUGAGACUGAGCCAGAUGUGAGCGGUAGGGGGCAGCACUCUCACUCCCCCGGGGCUGUCUCUCCGGCAGGAUUGGCACAGUCUGUGAGAGACGCGGUUGCACCGACACUGUAACCCCUUGUGUGCCGGGCGGAGAGACGCGCAGGGCAGUGAGUCGCAGUGACACCAGGAAGCGGCUGAGACACAAGUGAGAGGAGCGCAGACAGCAGGGUCGGGUCCUCCGAGCCCCUCCAGCAGCCUGGGGCCCCCCAGCCUAUACUCACCAUGGACUGAGCUACUUCCCUGGCAGCCACAGCUGCACUUAGUGGGGGGACUCUGUACCCCAGGAAAGGAUCACCAUGCAGUUUGGGAUUUUCAAGGUGUGCCUGGUGGUGGUCACAGCCAUUGUGAACCACCCUCUUCUCUUUCCAAAUGAGAACGCGACUCUUCCUGAGGAGCAGAUCAUUCAGAAGAUGAAGGAUCGAGAGGAGAGUCUGAAAGCAGAGCAGAUGCAUCUGGAGCAGAUGUUCUCCAGUGCUGUGACGAAGGAGAAGAGGGAGGAAGAAGAGGCCAGUCAGAGCACGGAAGCUUCAGAAGAUGAGCCACCUUGGGAUUUCUGGAGUGCCCUGUCAAUGGUUAUUUUCUUGAUGAUUGAGAUAUGGAGGCAGGAUUUUCAGGAAGGCAAUGCUCAAGCUUCGACUAAGGAAGAAGAUGACCUGCCAUUCUUAGGGAACAACUGCCAAGGAGUAUCGCUUCCGAAUAAGGCCGUCCUGGCUAUCUUUUAUGAGCAGUAUAUCCGAGUCACAACCCAUGACGCUGUCAGGACUCGGGAGUUUGUGGAAGGCUUUGCGGAUGAUUUACUAGAAGCUUUGAGAAGCGUUUGUAAUCGAGAUGAAGACAUGGAGGUAGAGGACAGCAUGUGUAUUGGAAGUAUGUAUGAAAACUGGAGAGUGAAGAAGCCCUUAACUUGUGACUUGAUAGUACCAUUUGCCCCACCAGAACCGUAUCAGUUUAGGUGCCAACCCUGGAUCUCCAGUCAUUCGAUUUCACCAGACAAACAAGGCUGUGGAACAAUUCAGGUCAUCGGGCCUGAUGAUGUAUCUAGGGCUUGUGUUUGUGACAGGACCAAACUUGGAGAAGAUAUGCUAUGUCUUCUCCACAACCCAACAACAAACAAGACAAAGGUGAGCAGGGACAUUGACUUACUGUGCUCUAAAAAUACAGACUUCCUGGAUACCAACCAGGUCAUGAAAUGGUUCCAGUCGGCUGUAACAAAAGCCUGGGGUAGGAUUUCACACAAGUACGAUUUUGACCUGGCGUUCAGUCAUUUGGAUGCCCCAGGGGCUUUGAGAGUGAAAUUCAGAUCUGGAAAGAUAAUCAACUUCAAUAUCACGCCAGUGGUACAGUUUGAGGAUUCUGAUUUAUAUUUAGUUUCCCAUUUCCCAAGUAGUCCGAGACCUCAUGACUCUAACAUCCAGUGGGCUCUCUCCUUCGCAAUAUAUGAGAAAAGGUUCCUCAAGGAUAUUUCCAAGAAGCUUCCAGUUAACUCCUGUCACCUAAGCUGCCUGCAGAUAGUGUCCUUUCUUCAUUCCAAACAGUGUCACAUCACUGGGUCGAGUGGUCUGACCACCUAUCAUCUAAAGACCGUGCUGCUUCACCUUUUGCUUUCCAGACAGUUCUCCGACUGGGACGUGGUCAUGCUUGAGGAACGCUUGCGAGACGUAUUCGUAAUGCUGGAAAAGUGUCUUCUGGAAAAGAAGCUCUACCACUUCAUGGUUGGAAACCCUAAACUACCACACACUGUAAACAUUCCGGAAAACUUCCAUUUUGCAGAACCCCUUAACCUUUUCCGCUCAUUCGUCCUGGACCGAGACCUCUACCAGAAGACCCUGGUGAUGUUUUAUGAGAUGCUGAAGAACGCCACUGUUUUGAUAAAUGAGUACAGCUUGCGACUGCCUGCCUCUUCCUUAAACAAGUGAUCUCACUCAUGGGUGGGAAAAUAAAUAUGCUUUACGUAUGAA